CCCUCCUCCACGACCGUCGACCCUUGUCCAAGAUAAUACGGAGAGCAGAGGGAAAUCUGCUGUUUGCAAUCAUGGCGGACGCAAAGAAGGAUGAGGCCAUCAAGUCGGUGCAAGUCGAAGCCCUGGUGGUGAUGAAGAUCACCAAGCACUCCUCCACCAGCUUCCCUACAACCGCCACCGGAUCUCUGGUGGGUAUGGACAAUAACGGCCUCCUCGAGGUCACAAACACUUUUCCCUUCCCUACCAUCGACGUCGCCAGCGCCGACUCGCACCAGAACGAUGCCUCCAGCCUGGCGGCUGCGGCUCCCCGCGCCAAGGCCAACAUCAACUACCAGAACGAGAUGAUAAGGCAUCUCAAGGAGGUGAAUGUCGACGCCAACAAUGUCGGAUGGUACACCAGCGCCACCAUGGGCAACUUCAUCAACCUGGGCUUCAUCGAGAACCAGUACCACUACCAGCGCGAGAACAACAACGUCGUCGCCCUCGUCCACGAUGUCAGCCGCUCCUCGCAGGGAUCACUCAGCCUUCGCGCCUUCCGCCUGUCCAGCACCUUCAUGGCCGCCUACAAGGAGGGCAAGUUCACCACCGACAGCCUGCAGAAGUCCAAGCUCACGUACAGGGAUAUCCUGCUGGAGCUGCCCGUCAACAUCCACAACUCUCACCUCCUGACCUCUUUCCUGCACCAGCUGCCCGUGCCGCCCACUGACCCCGACGUGCCCCUGCCCUCGUCGCUGGCCGAUAUCGAGCGCGCCCCGGUCCAGAUUCCCCCUUACCCCUCGCUGGACACCCUGGACCUGUCCAUCGAUCCUUUCCUGGAGAAGACGUGCGAUCUGCUCCUGGACAGCGUCGAGUCGCACUACACGGAUCUCAACAACCACCAGUACUACCAGAGGCAGCUCGCGCGCGAACAAACUAAGAUCACGGCCUGGCAGACUAAGCGGAAGGCGGAGAAUGCCUCUCGGGCCGCAGCCAAGCAGCCGCUGCUGCCCGAAGACGAGUGGCAGAGGCUCUUCAAGCUGCCCCCAGAGCCCAGCCGCCUGGAGGGCAUGCUGAACGCGAGGCAGGUGGAGCAGUACAGCCGGCAGCUGGAUGGGUUCACGGCCAACAUCAGCGCCAAGAUGUUUGCUGUCCGGGGUAAUCUGCUGCCGGAGUAAGGGGUGUUCAAGAAGGUCAAAAGGAGGGGAGUGGCUGAAUCUUGUUGUUUAGGUGGAGGAGGUCGAAAAACGGUCAAACUAUGGGCUGCAUGGUUUAGGCGUUCAGGCGAUCACUUCAAGUGCGCUAUGGAUCUCUCCCUCAAGGCAUGUAGAAAGCUGGAAAGACAAGCAAAAACCAAGGAGAUGAUCACGGAUUGUCGGUAUGGGACAAGGUGAUGAUGGAUAUCCUGCCAAGAUGUUACAGGGCCGGGCUGGCAGGUAUUGCCGGGCAGAGAGGGCUAGACAGUACUUGGAAGGAUAUACAGACAGAAACAGAGACGAGCCGUCUAGUCGACUGCCGAUUUUAUUUACAUCAAUCACCGU